GUGAGUGAAUAAGUGAUGAAGGUGGAGGCACCUCACAUCUACUUGGGAUUUCCGAGCUGUGUUCUCAUGGCUGUCCUGCUCCCAUCUGAGUCAUACCAGGUGUUGAUUUACAACCUUCCUUCUUAUCUUGUUCUUUGCAGGUUGGCACAGGUGAGAUGGAGUCGCUACAACCCCAGCUUCCUAGAGCCAGAAGUGAACAAAGAACUGUAUCAGAAACCUUUUAAUGAGCUGUCUGAAGAGGAAAAGGAAAAGCAAGAGCUUAAGGCUGUUCGUCCCAUAAAAGCAGCUCCUCCCAGUAUCUCCAGCUCCGUUUUCAGCGACCCUAUGAUCAGUAAAUUCACCAAUAUGAUGAUGAAAGAUGGAAAUAAAGUGCUGGCCAGAAGCCUUAUGGCUCAGACUUUAGAGAACAUUAAGAGGAAGCAACUGGAAAAGUACCACAGAGCUCCAGAUGAUGAGAAGGAGACAGUUGAAUGCAACCCUUAUGUCAUUUUCCACCAGGCUUUGAAAAACUGCCAGCCUAUCAUUGGACUCAGCAACAUCACGAGAGGUGGCAAAACCUACCAGGUCCCGGUGCCUUUGAAGGACAACCGGAAGCGCUUCUUGGCCAUGAAGUGGUUAAUCACGGAGUGCAGGGAGAACAAGCACCGCCGGACGCUGAUGCCUGAGAAGCUCUCCGAGGAGCUGAUCCAGGCCUUCAACAACGAAGGACCCAUCAUCAAGAAAAAGCAUGUGCUGCACAAGAUGGCAGAGGCCAACCGGGCUUAUGCCCACUUCCGCUGGUGGUAGGGCCUCUGCAUGGCAUGCACACGCUGCAGAGCUCUGUCACUGCUCUCAGGCCUGGGGAGCGGAGUCCCAGGGCCACCUGCUUGAGAGAAGCUGGGGAUUAGAGGGAAAGGUGGAAAAUCCCUUCUGGACAGCUUCUGAACUAAGCCAAGGAAAGUUUCUCUAGUCGCCGCACAGUUCAUUUGCUUUGUGUUUAUCCAGAUGGGAAAAGGGGGAAUCUGAAACAGUUAUGAUGCCCCUGCAUGGAUCUGCUGGUUUUUCAUAAUCACUUUCCUGUGAAGACAAGCUUUAGAUGCAAUGCUGACAAAAUAAUCUAUUCCACUUAUGUGUUUCCUAGGGACUUUUAAAUCUCUGCUCUUGCAGCAACAUUUUUCUCUUUCUGGCUGCAUAACUAGGAAAGAGCAGAUCUGGAGGGUUUUUUUCCAUACCAUAAGUAGCCUUGACUUUCAGUUCUGCUUAUCAGCAACACUGUCUUAUGGAUGUCAGGGAGAUGUUAACAGAAAAAAAAUAAUAACAAUGCUUUAUGGGGAA